GCUGCGGGCGCCGGGCCGCCGCUGGCGGGGCAAUGGCGGCCCUUGUGGCCGUGGCCGCGCGGGGGUGCGGCGGGUUCUGGCGCCGGGUGCGGCAGAGCGGCGCGGGGCAGUCGGGGCCCGGGCUCGGCCCUUUCCCCCGCGGGCAGAGGGCUGUCGCCUGUAACGCGAGAGGCGGGGCGGUGCCGGCGGGGAAGAGCGGCCUUGCUCCGUGGGUACCAGUUGUGGGUCUGGAAAUUCACGCACAGAUCAGCUCCAACUCAAAACUCUUCUCUGGUUCCCAAGUCCAGUUUGCAGCACCUCCCAACUCCUUGGUGUCUUUCUUUGACGCCUCUUUACCAGGAACUUUACCAGUUCUCAACAGGAGAUGUGUAGAAGCAGCAGUGAUGACAGGCCUGGCUCUCAACUGCAGCAUAAACAAGAAGUCCUUGUUUGACAGAAAGCACUACUUCUAUGCAGAUCUGCCUGCUGGCUAUCAAAUCACUCAGCAAAGAGUUCCUAUUGCAGUGAAUGGAAGUUUGUCAUACAGUCUCUGCAUAGACAGCAAGAUGAGCCAGAUGGUGACCAAAACUGUGAGGAUUAAACAAAUUCAAUUGGAGCAAGACAGUGGAAAAAGUCUCCAUGAUGAUACAAGGAGCCAAACCCUUGUGGACUUGAAUAGGGCUGGAGUUGGUCUCAUGGAGGUUGUCAUGGAGCCUGAUAUGUGCUGUGGGGAAGAAGCAGCUGCAGCAGUCAGAGAGCUUCAGCUCAUUCUGCAAACACUUGGGAGCAGCCAGGCAGUCAUGGCAGAGGGUCAGCUGAGAGUGGAUGCCAAUGUUUCUGUGCAUCACCCUGGAGAGCCUUAUGGAGUGAGGACUGAAGUGAAGAAUAUCAAUAGCAUACGAUUUCUGGCAAAAGCAAUAGACUAUGAAAUACAGAGGCAAAUUGAAGAACUUGAAAAUGGAGGGACAAUUUUGAAUGAAACGAGAGCCUUUGAUUCCAAGCUUGGGUGCACAGUACCAAUGAGAGACAAAGAAGGAAAACAGGAUUAUAGGUUCAUGCCAGAGCCAAACCUUCCCCCAUUGAUUCUGUACGAUGCAAAAUCUUUGCCAGCUAAUAUGAACCAUCAGCAAGUGAUAAAUAUUGAUUGGAUUCAUGAGAGACUUCCCGACCUCCCCAGUGUGAAGAGGAAAAAGCUUGUUGAACAGUAUGGGAUUCUUCCUGAACACAGCUUCACCUUAUUGAAUGAAGAGGGACUAGCAGAAUUCUUUGAAAGUGUGGUAAAACAGACCCAAAUGAAGCCAAAGAAGGUGAUCGGCUGGAUUCUAAAGGACCUGCUCAGUUACUUGAAACAACAUUCCCUUACAGUAAAGGAAAGCCCAGUCAGUUCCUUUGUCCUGGCUGACCUCUUGAACCUUCUAGAAAAAAAAGAAAUUUCUUCUACAGCAGCAAAGCAAGUGCUUGCAGAAUUGUGGAAGGGAGAAGGGAAGACUCCCCUUGAAAUUGUUAAAGAACAGAAACUUGAACUGUUACAGGAUCAAAAAGAGCUUGAACAGAUCUGCCAGGCAGUGAUUGAUGGACACAAAAAUGAGGUUAUGGCGAUAAAGGCAGGAAAUCCAAAAGUUCUAAAUAAGUUAAUUGGUCUGGUACAGAAGAAAACACAAGGACGGUCCAAUCCUGUUCUGGUGAAGCAAUUGCUAGAGAAGAAGCUGUCAGGGUAGCCACUAGAGAAAAAGCACACAAGCAACUAAAGAAGCAUGUGCUUCGUUCUGUCUGCAAAUGAACCUUGGUGUCUCCUUGUGCAGCACUGUGCUUGUUGGAUAUACUUCAAGCAGCUUGAAGUCCCAGCCUUCCCUGGAUGCAUCAGCCAAAGGCAGAUGGGCCAGAGAAAAGCAGGAUACAGCCAUUUGCAUCUCCCAUGCUUUGAUGUGGCACUUGGAAAUGUGAUUUCCACACAGCCCUGGGAAACAAGCUCCCAGAGGUGUCUGUGAGUACACAGAGAGCUGAAACUGCAUGGGUUAGUUUUCCAAUAAAGCAGGUACAAACUCA